GGAAAGUUUUCACCAGUCGAGAGAGGCUCCCGGCUCACCGAGCACCCGGAAUUGGAACGCUGAUCUCCAUCAUGGAUGAUGUUGCAAAGAUGAGAGAGGAUCUUGAGAUAUCAACAAGGACGGAGAAGGGUCCUAUGACUACAAUCUCUAAGCACACCUCACAGUGGAAUGAGGAACAACUGUUUCAGCUGUCAAAAUUCUACCGGGAAAGACUGAAACAGGCAAUUGAAGAACGUGUGGAAGAACUCACUGAAAUGCUGAGACUGGAAGGACACAUCAGUGAUCAAGAGCAGGAGAAAGUUUCUGAACUUGUGGGGAAGCGAACCCGGCCGGAGGCUUCGAAGGUAUUCUUCAGCCUGGUGAUGGGGAAAGGCUCCCGAGCCCGGAGGGUGAUGUGGGAAGCAUUUGUGAAAAUGCGAAAUGAAUUACCGAAGUUGGACAGAAUAUUGAAGGAAAUCCAGGAGCUCGGGGCUGACAUACCGGAAUACAUGAACAUCAGUCAAGGGUUAACCGAACUCCCACCUCAGUUAAAAGAUGUUCAUGAGAAACAUAAGAAAACACUGCAGGAAGAAACUGAAGAGCUCAGAGUGAACACGAUUUUGUUGAGGGAGAAGGUGAAGGUUUCCAAGCUUGUUGAUCGAUACGCUGAGCUGACGGUCAUUUCUUCUGUUCGAGAACGGAGGUUUGUGGAACACGAGCUGCUGGCAAGAGGCCGAGACCAUGAGGAGUGGAGAGAGAAACACCUUCGGGGAGAGUUGGAAAAAAUCCGUUCCGAUCAGUUGCUUCAAAGCAGCUUUUCCCAUAGUGUGACUUACUGGCAGCAAAUAAAGAGAUUCUUCGGAUUUGACUCCAUGACUCCGACAUCAGUGAACAGAGUAAAACCUGGGAAUUCAGCAGCAGUGGCCGGUGUCCCGGGGAUCGGAAAAACAACAAUGAUUCAGAAGAUUGUUUAUGACUGGGCCAACGGGAAUAUAUACCAACACUUCCAUUUUGUGUUCAGUUUCAAAUUCAGGGAUUUAAACACCAUUCUCUGUAAAAUAAGCCUGAGGGAACUGAUUCUGAAACAGUAUCCUUACUUUGAGAAUGGUCUGGGAGAAGUAUGGAAGAACCCAGAGGGAUUGCUGUUUAUAUUUGAUGGUUUGGAUGAACUAAAGGAUGCAAUUGAUUUUACUGAGAGUCAAAGAGACGCAGACUCUCAACGACGCGGUGCAGACCCAGAAUUCCGGUGCCAUGUGUCGGACAUCGUGUACAAUUUAAUCCAGCACAAGCUGCUCCCAGGGUAUGGGCGGUUUGAUGUAUUUCUCCGUUUUGUUGCUGGUCUCUCCUCCGGGUCAGCCUGGCGCUGGAAGGAGUUUCUGGGUCCUUUUCCUGCCGAUACAGCCCGUCGGGUAAUUGACUUUGUGAAGAGGGAGAUCAAACGUCUGAGUGGCAACACAAAGAGUGAAGAUGGUAAAAGGAGCCUCCUGAACACAUUGCACUAUCUGUUUGAGUCUCAGAAUCGUGUACUGGCUCAGGACUCACUGGGAUCUGUGGAAAAACUUUCACUCAGUGGACUGCGACUGACACCGAUUGACUGCGCCGUCCUGUCUCAUGUCAUUGGGUUCUGUGAUACAGUAAAGCACCUCGACCUAGAUCACUGCUAUAUUCAGUGUGAAGGACUCCAAAGACUGGCACCCUAUCUUCACAGAUGCCAAGAGCUGGGAUUGGGCAAUAACGGUAUCACAGACUCUCAGACAGCAAUCCUCACCUCUGCUCUCGUUAAAAACAGCUCACUGAUGGACCUCGAUAUGAAAGACAAUAGACUGGGAAAUACAGGUGUAAAACAGCUGUUAAGAGUUCUGAAUAACUCGGAAUGUAAAAUACAGAAACUGGGGCUGAAGAACAAUAGUUUCACAGCCUCCUGUGCCAAGAAUCUUGCCUGCAUUCUCAGAGCAAAUCAAUCUUUGAUCAAACUGGAACAGGAUAACAAUAAGCUGGAGGAUUCAGGAGUCAAACUGCUGUCUGAGGCUCUGCGGAACCAUAACUGUAAAAUAUAGGAACUGCGGCUAUGUAGAAACGGUCUCACAGCAACUGGUGCAGACUAUCUCGCCUCCGUUCUAGUUACUAGCCCAUCACUGACAGAUCUUGCCCUGGACUAUAAUAAUUUGGGUGAUUCAGGGGUGAAGCUGAUAUUUGGACCUCUGAUCAGCCCAGAGUGUAAAAUACAGAAACUACGGUAAGUAUCGUCGAAGGAGAGGUCAUAUUUUACAUUUACAAUGUGUCUGAAAUUUAAUAACAUUCAAUAGAGUGGAUCAGUGUUACUAUCAAUAAUAUGCAGUCUACAAUAAGAUAUGGAGUGUAUUGGAAGUGAAAUUAAAACCUUCUUACAUACUGAAAUGUAUUCAUUUCCAUCUUUGUCUCUGGCCCUCAGAUUAUGGGAUGUUUCUCUCACAGAUUCGUUCUGUGAGGACCUCGCUAUCGCUCUCAAAACAAACUGCUCCCUGAAGCUUCUGUCACUGGGUGAUAACAAUAUCGGAGAUUCAGGGGUGACACGUCUGUCUAAGGAGCUGGUGAAGCUCCAAUGUCAACUGCAGGA